UCUUGCGAAAGAAAUCAAUCAUUUUUUUUCGUGGGAAACGACACGACCGUAUCGUUAUGAGCUACAAAUAGUUAAUUGCCGUUUAAGGCACGAUACUCGUCAUACAAAACAAGCGGUUAAAAACUCGUUGAGAAUUAUCUAAUCGGACAGCUUACAGUAGCUCAAAUGUCUCCUUAAUGAAACCGCCAACAGCUCGAAGGUGCCUUUCUUUAGGCUGUCUUCCAUCGCCGGUAAGGUCGGUUCCUUCCCCGCCCAUCAAAACACGCCACGUCUGCACCACCGGCAAGUAGACCAUCACAACGGCCCACGUGUACAUCAAGCUUCCCAAAAAAGUUAAAAAAAACUGGGAUGGUGGAGGCAAGCGAGCCCCAGCUUUCCAGCUGGUAUCCCGUCACCUCCGGCACGUUCCUCUCCGCUCCACCCACCGCCAUCAAAGCCCCCUUCGGAUCCCAUUCCCACCCCAAUUCUCUCUCUCUCUCUCCCCCUCAAGAAAAGAGUCUCCAAGGCUUCGCCUCUCCUCUUCUCGCUUCGGAUCCUCUCAUCGCCGCCCGAUCUAAGCGGGAAGCGAGGGAUGGCGCCCCGGCUGUUCUCGUGCUUCGGGCGGGGGGCCGCCUCGUCAUCGUCGGCGUCGCCGGAGAGCAACGCGACGGCGGAUCUGACGGCGGAGGAGCAGCGGCGGAUGGGGCCGGUGCUGGUGGAGCUGUUCUCGUCGCAGGGGUGCGCGACGUCGCCGGAGGCGGAGGCCGUGGCGGCAAGGCUGGCGCGCGGGGAGCUCCUGGGUCCCGAGGAGGAGGUGCCGCCGGUGGUGGUGCUGGGGUUCCACGUGGAGUACUGGGACUACAUGGGGUGGAAGGACCCCUUCGGGUCCAGCAUCUGGACCGUGCGCCAGAAGGCCUACGUCGAGUCGCUCAAGCUUGAUACGCUGUACACGCCCCAGGUGGUGGUGCACGGCCGGAACCAGUGCCUCGGCACCGAUCAGGAUGCCAUUGUCUCCGCCGUCCGAUCGGCGGCCCGCUAUCCCUCGCCCACCAUGCAGGCAACGUUCACGAAGCCGUCACCGGACACCCUCCAGGUGUCCUGCACGGGGGCGCUGCGGACCAAGGUGGACGGGAGCGGUGCGGACGUGAUGGUGGCGCUCUACGAGAACGGGCUGGUGACGGACUGCAGCAAGGGAGAGAACAAGGGGAAGGUCCUCCCCAACGACCACGUCGUCCGCCGCAUGGUGAAGCUCCUCUCCGUCAAGGACGCCUCCGCCAAGAAGAACCUCUCCGGCUCCGUCCAGUUCCCCCUCUGGGACGGCUUCGACCCCGCCAAGUGCGGCCUCGUCCUCUUCGUCCAGAACGCCUCCCUCCACACCUUCGGCGUCCAGCACUUCCAAAUCCCCGACACCGUCUGAUGUUAUGCAUUGACCGAAUUCAUCAUGAUGAUGAGGAGGAGGAGGACAACAAUUUCCGGCCGUUCGAUCGUUCGAUCCAUCAUUCUGUACAGUGGCCUCGUGGUGUGUUUGCCGUGUUUGCCUUUGAGAUUCUUUUCCUCUUUCUUUUUUAGUCUUCUGGAAUCUUCUUUUUCCUUUUUUUUUUUUUUGGAGGGAAUUCUUUUGUCUAGAAUGUGGGAGAAGGAAGGAGAGAUGGGAAUUUACGGUGGUUGGUGGAAGAGACUUGAUGUAUUCUUUUAAAUAGAAUUCUCUACUGUGACUAAAGAGGAUGCUUAUAUCUUAAGAUUUCAGCUUACGAAUAUCUAAUAUAUCAACUUUAAGUUUUUAAA